UUCGAGAGGAAAGUCGGACUACGGUAGAUAAAAAUGAAAUGGCGAAAGAAGAAAACAUUAAAAGCAAGUUAAAGAACUUCUUUGGCAUAAAGGAAAGAAGCAGUGCGACUGCAUUUCACAGGCCACAGACAAAAGAACUACUUUUUACACCUGAAAUAUUAAGGGAGAUUGGUCCUGAGAGUCCAGCCAACAACAGACUCAAGACAAUCCGAGAGCUAAGUGAAAUUGUACAGCAUAAAAAACUAGAAGAGAAUGCAAUAGAAGCAUUAUGGUUCAGUGUUAAAGACCUGCUUGAUUCUUCAGUGAAACCAGAAAAUCGUCACACAGCUCUGCAUUUUCUUCAAUGUCUUGUUCAAGGACAGCUUCAGUACCUUGGGAUUCUAAGAGCUCAUUUCUUUAGAGUUAUUAGUCAUCUUAAUGUACCCAGUGACCUACAAUACAGGUUGGAAUUAUUGAUAACAUUAAGCGAGAAUGGGAGAAAUUUGCAGGAGUUUGAAGAAUCAGCAGGUCAGUUUUUGCUGGAAUGGAUGCCAGAUGUUAUCAACUCAGAAAAACUCGGUGAAUUUCUGACCCUGCUGAUCCACGUCAUCAAGUACAAUGCUGCGUAUCUGGACGAGGAAGUAGUGGCAGGGCUGGUCAAGAAUACUUGUUUGUUGUUGAACAGAAGAAGACGAGAAGAGGAUGUAACACUGUGUUUAGACUUUUUGGAUGCUGUUCUGUGCUACAGUUAUCUUCCAACAGAAUGCCUUGUGAGCUUUAUAUCUGCUCUGUGUCACACAGUCAACAUUUCCAAGUUCUCACAAUCAAGCUGGGAGUUGAUGAGAAAAUUACUAGGCACACAUCUUGGACACAGCAGUAUUUACACUAUGUGUUGUAUGAUGCAAGAUGUCAAAAAUGUGCAUGAUCAAGAAUUGUUGAGGGGAGUGGUGUAUUUUGUUGGCAUGGCCCUGUGGGGUUACAGAAAAGUCCCAACCCUCAAGCAUACCUUCUCCUCUGUCCUGCCAUCUUUCUUACAGGUGCUAGAGUCCAACAGUUUUAUUGUGGCUCAUGAGGUUGUGCUGAACAUCCAGAGACUGGUGAAGAAGUAUGGCAAGGAACUCCAGCAUGUCACGUGGCAGAUCGUGCUAAAUAUCCUAGAGAGUCUUCUCAAACUGCUAGAGAACCCUGCCUUUGCUCAACCGACCCAUGACCCAAGACUACAAGCUGACCUUCAUGACAUUUUGACCAACAUUGAGCAGCUUCAUGCACAAGGCCAGUUUUCUGGGUGUAUCACCCGAUUCUUCAAAAUCAUAGAAAUGUGUGCCAACAAGAGACCAGAGAGUUCUGUAUCCCUGCUGAUUGAGCACCAGGCACAACUGAUCAACCCCACCAAGGAAAACUGGAUCAAUCACCUCUAUCAGCUGCUGGAAAAAUACUUCAAAAAUGAAACCAGAACCCAGAUAAGAGUUAAGGCCCUUGACAAGUUAUCACUGGUUCUUAGCAUCAAUAAACACAUUUAUGAGGAUGUGUUGAUCAAUAGAGUUGUGUUGCCCCAUUUAUGCCAUAUAGAGGCUGACCAUGACCCUCAGGUCAGAAAGGUUGCAGCAGACAUGUUACUGUUGCUGGCCAAUGGUUGUAGUCCCUCCUGCUUUGUGGAGAUCAUGGCAAUCAUAGAAAAGUUGAUAAAUAAGCCCCUGACAGCCCAUCCAGCUUCUCCCUAUACAAAGGUUGAAGGGUCAGAGAUCAUUCAUCAGCUGGAGGAGACCCAGCUAGAAGAUGUAAAGACAGCCAUGAUAGGUCUGGUGGAACUCUUCAAGCAAAAGUUAUACACAGAUCCCCCAAGCCAUUGUUUGAAGAUUUAUGACUUGUUGGUGUUACACAUGAAACAUCAGUAUACAGAGCCAAGAAACUUCACAAGCCACACUGCUGUUCAAAUCAGGAAAAAUGUUAUAGAAGUACUGUUACACAUGAGAGCAGAUGAUUUGUACAGACUUGGCUUCAUAGACAAGAAUGUGGAUGCUCAUCUGGCAUUCAGCCCUUAUCUUUCUUGUGCAGAAAUGCAACCUAAGUUGAGUGAAACAGUUGAAGAGAACAAUUCCAUUCCAACAGACACAGUAGCAUUUCUAUGGUCUGAAUCAACCUACCUAGACUAUAAAAAGUCUUUCAGUAUUUUUCUGUCAUGUCUAGAAAAUGACAAAGACUGGGAGGUAUUGGAGCGUGUCCUGGUCAACCUUCCAUUAUUACUUCAGAACAAAACCCUUAUAUUGUCAACCAAGCAUGACCUUAUCAAUUCCCUGUGUCAUCAUCUCUGUGCCAUGGUAAAUGAUCGACAGUUGAACUUUCCUGAGAAGCUCCAUGGAACCCCCUCAGGAAGGUUCACAAGAUCAGACUUUCACACGUUUGUGUUCCCUGUGUUGGCUGCCAUGGUGUCUUAUCACAGACAUCUGGACAGAAACCGAGCAAGAGAGAUGAUAAAGUGCCUGGAGUUUGGACUGGUGUCUAAGUGUGCUAAGACGUGUACUAACUCACUGAGGAUCUGUACACUGGAGAUGCAGGACGUGAUGAUGAGACUGCUACCCUCCGUCUUACUUCAGCUCUCCAAAAUCUCCGCCACGGUCCACAUGGCCAUUCCUGUACUGGCAUUCUUAUCUAGUAUUGUGAGGAUUCCCCGGAUGUAUGCCAACUUUGUAGAGGAGGAGUACCUCAGUGUGUUUGCCAUAGCUCUGCCCUACACCAACCCUUUCAAAUUUAGCCAUUACACAGUUUCUUUGGCCCACCACGUUAUAGCAAUCUGGUUCAUCAGAUGUCGUCUGCCCUUCAGAAAGAGUUUCGUUAAAUUCAUCCAGAAGGGUUUACAAGCCAACAUUAUACAGCAGUUUGAAGAGAACUCCAUCAUUCACCAGCAACAGAAUCAAAACCAAGACUCCAGUGAUCGGAGUCGAUCUAACAGCUUCAAUGACGCUGCAUACAGAAACCGUAGGAGAAUGCUAUCUGGUUCUGCCAUUAACCGUCAGCAUUUUACAGCCCCCGUGGAUAAUAAGCUGUCCCAGUACCAUCACGAGCUAACAGAGACCUGUUUAGAUGUUAUGUCCCGCUAUACCUAUGGCAAUUACAGUGCCAUUCCUACAAGAUCCCCAGUAGCAGAAUUUUUGUUGAAUGGGGGACAGUCACAAAUGUGGCUUGUAGGAAACAAAGUGGUUACCAUAACAACCAGUGGUGGAGGAGGAAAUAAGACUAACAACACCGGACUGUGUGAUAAAUGUCAGUCAGUCUACCAGAGUAGUGGACAAGUGGCUGAACCGAAACCAGCUCCACCACCAACCUCCACCAGGAGGCGCCACAAGUCAGCCUUUGUCACCCGCAGCGCUUCUACAAUAGAGAGCAAGGCUAGUGCUGAUGACAUUGGAAUCCAGUCCCGGAUGUCCUUUGAUGAUUUGAUGAGCAGUCCCGACGCCACCCUGGAGCAGGAGGUGGGGGUACAGACUGGAUCCUCCCUGUCUGAUCACACCCCAACUAAACUAGGAUUGGAAACAGAAGCAAUGGAGGCAUUCCUGAUGGGAAUACAGAAGAAGCACUCCUCAGAUGGUCGAGUAUUUCAGAGUAAUAUGUGUGCCUGUUGGUGCACAGUCUGGGCAGAGAUUUUCAUUCGGGGCCCCAGUGGUAAUGUGGCAUGGAUGAUGCGUAUAGAAAAUGAUCCCUCCCAUACAUCCAUGCAGGAGUCACAAACACCAGACAUUACCAUGUUGUUUCAGUCUGUGCAGAAGAAGGAGCCGGAUCUAGAGAGUUUACACAGUCGUAUUGACAGCGGCAGCAUCGGAGAGGACGAGUACGAAUCUUUGUAUGACCAACAUUUCCCAUCAGACCACAGCCAAGAUGGAGACCUGUGCAGUUCUAAUUCUGUUAGAAUUAGUAUAGAGGAUGACACAGAGGAUGGUCACAUGAAAAGAAUGAUGCAAGUUGCAGAGGAUGAGAAGAAGAGAGAGGAGUCUGACCCAAAUGGACUAGCCAUUCCCACCCCCUCAAUAAGCCGAGAACAAAUGAAGUUCACCUCCCUCCAACGCAGUAACUCCUCCCCCUCUCUGCUGAGUUCCAGUGGGGAAAACCUUGACCCACGCGACAGCCAAUCAGAAAUUGUGAUGAUAGACAAUCUAAUGGCUGCCAGGAAAGAGGAGAUAACCCAGGAUAAACCAGACAGCUCCUUACUAGCAUCAAAACUAGAGCAUCCAGAGAAUCUGCCAAUCAAACCCAAUGACACUCUAGCCAAACAAGAUCAAGUUGCCUCCCCUACCAGUCCCUCCCCAAGUUCAGAGUCCUCAUCACUGCAUGAUGAAGUGAAGGAGCUACCUGAUUUUAGGAAGGCUAGAGGACACACAAUCUCGGUGGUUCAGCCAUUAAGAGAUGGACUGAAGUCUGGGGGGCCAGGCAACAAGGACCAGGGAAGGGGUGGAACUAGCCCCAGCUUCAUAUUUCUACAGCUGUACUAUGAUGGAGUAUUUAGUUCUGCUACCAGCAGUUCAUCAUCUCCAAUUGUUAUUCCACAAAAUGAGACUACUACAAGAGCUUUGAAGAUGUUGGAUCAUAUCCAUCCAUAUGAGACCCACAAGAUUGGUGUCAUUUAUGUUGGACCGGGACAGACAAAAGAUGAGAAGGGUAUCCUGUCUAAUCAGUACGGGUCAGAGCGUUAUGCAGCCUUUGUGCAAGGCUUAGGUCAGCUAUUGCGUCUGUCAGACUGUAAUCCGGACCGAGUAUACAUUGGAGGUCUGGACUGCCAGGGAAAAGAUGGACAGUUUGCUUAUGGCUGGCAGGAUGAAUCCAUGCAUGUGAUUUUUCAUGUGGCCACAUUAAUGCCAAACAGAGAGAGUGACCCUAAUUGUAAUGCCAAGAAAUUACACAUAGGAAAUGACUAUGUAACCAUUGUAUACAACGACAGCAAUGAUGACUACAAGAUAGGAGUGAUUAAGGGACAGUUUAACUAUGUCAACAUUGUGAUUCGACCGCUUGACCACGAGAGUAAUGCCAUAACCCUACAGGCCAAGGAAGAUUUGACUGAAACAUUGCCUUUCAAAGACAGUAUAACAACAGACAUUGCUGAUAUCCUAGGGCACAAGGAUACCAAGGUGAUAUCUGAUGACAACCUGGCAGCACUGGUCCGACAGAUAGCGGUCAAUUGUGAUCUUGCCUCCCUGGUCCUACAGAGACAGCAGUCACAACCCCAGGAUCCAUUUGCCUCCAACUGGCUGGAACGCCUCCGUCAAAUCAAACGACUGAAAGCCAAGGUCCUGACCAACUCGGAUAAACAGGGCCUCAGUGACAUCAUGGUGUAACUGCUCAGCUUUUGCCACUAACUGUAUCAUUUAGCAGAGCUAAGACCCCCCAGCUUAUUACAUUUAUUAACCAAUUAAAAUAGUUUAUGUUUUGUGGAUAUCUAAAGCACAUCAUUAAAUCCUAGUGAAAUGUUGAUGAAGAAUGACAGCUGCCAUUUUGAUAGUGUAUACUUUGUUCAAUGAUAAUUUAUCAACAACACAGUGUGUAAAAUUAUCUGUGACAGUCUUUGAUAUUGCAAAUAGAGUAUAUAAAAAAUGUCUGCAUGAACAAAAAUUGGCUAAUUUGCUCAUCCAUAUUGCAAGUGUAAGUAGUAAGUGUACAUGUACAUUGGUUUUGUUAUAGACUUAGUGUGUGAAUGAUUUAGUCUUCCUGUAAAUAUGUGUUUGACAUCGGACAAACUUAUUGUAAAAUAAUGUAUAAAGAAAUUUUUCAGUUUUACCUCAUUUUGCUUGAAAAAAAAAAUUAUCAGGUUGAAAUUGGGCAUUUCAGCAGUGCUACCUUCAAGUAUUUUUUGUCCUCAAAUAAUUAUACAGCUUAAGGAUUUUUUAUUAUUCUGGCGUUAUCCAAGUUUAUCAGUCUUGCUAUCAUAUUUACAGUACAAUACAGUUUUGAAAAAAAAUUGCUUGUUUGUUAUUUACAAAAAUGGCUUGUAAAUGUAUAGAGCACUUUGGGUAACAUUUAUGAUAUUAAAUUUAUACAGUAUACAGGAUUAUUUUUGCCCUUUGUUAUUUUCAUCCUUUCACACUUGCAAACAAUUCUGAUCCAUUUUAAAUUCGUCCAGACACAGCUGUGUUAAAGAGAUAACUCUGUCCUCUUUUUGAAUUCACCCCAUUUAAAAUUUGCCCAUUUCCAACUAUGGCAAAAAGGGAUGAAAAUAAAGUGAGGGGCAAAAAAUUCUUUGUAUACAGUUUUAAUGAAAUAUUUGAUUUAUUGUAUCCGCCACAAGUUUUAAAUAUGUUAAUCUACUCCAAUUUUAGUUGGAUGAAGAAAAUAAAAAGAUUUUAUGGGUUAGGUGCCUAACUCACUUAUGUGUAGGUUUGUUGAUCAAAUAACCAAAAUUAUAGUCAAAUACCUACAGUGUUCGAAUGUUUUAAAUCUCAGAAGACCAUGGAAUAUAUCAUAGAUUUUAUUAUUUUAAGAUCACUGAGGAAUUUAAGAUCGAACACUCAUUUUUUUUCCCCCUACACAUACAUGUAACUUCCUGGACGAGGGGGAUCAAGGUCCAAGCUUUUUCCUAAUGGCUGUUUGUAAUAUCACAGUUUCACAGACUGUAAGAAUUGUACAGCUGUAUUAUAUAUCACAUCUCGAAUUGCGAAAAUUUGUACAAAUCUUCAUUAAGGUGAGAGAUUACUUAAACAUUGUGUUUGUUUACUUUCCAGUACUCAGUGAGGUUCAUCAUUUAUUAUAGUUCAAAACUUAUUCUUUCUGUAAACAAUCAAAAACUUUUUUCUUAGCUUACCUGUCUUUUGUUGCAAAGAUUUAUUGCUCUAAGCCCAACAUCCUUAUUCUAAAUGAUAAGUCCAGCAUGAAUGUUUUUGUAUUUUAGUACAGUAUACACUUAAUGCCACCUAUCUGCAUCACUGUGGUGUUUGAUCCAUGAGGUGGCAGUUAUAAUGCAUUUUUGAAAUGAUAAUGUCAGUGUUUAUAUCUUAGUUAUGGUACUGUUUUUUUUUUCACAUACAGGCUGUACAUCUGUAGAAGUUGAAUGAUUGUUCAAAUGUAAUGAAUAUAGUAUACAACUAUAUACACACCCUUUGCUAUAUAUACUCUCUGCUUUUAACCAACAUCAUUUGACCCGAGGUGUGACCCCAGAGGCAGAGUUUUUCUUGGUGUACAUUGACAUGAUAAGGUCUGCAUUAAAAUGAUUUAGUUUCACCUCUGUCACUUUUCCUUUUCAAUUUGAAGUGAAAUGAAAGUAACCAUUAUGUCAUUAUGACAUCAUCAUCCUCUAUCCUUUGCCAGUAUUUGUAAACUGUGGACUGGCAAAUUAACAUGAUGGUUUUAAUUUCCUUAUGUUAAUGUUUUUCAUUUUUCUGCAAAAUUAAAUUCAGAGUGAAUAAGAUGAUCAGAUUGUACAUUAAAGUAUUUAUCAUCAGCUUGGAAUUAAAACCAUUGCAAAAAUAGGUUUAGUAUAUUUUCAAAUGUUACUGUUUUUUCCCCUAUGUGUUGUAGUUUAUACCUUCAAGUAUAAUUCCCAAAUUUCCCUUGGAUGUGAUCAAAGGGGUAUGAUACAUGUAUGUGAAAGUCAAAAUCUAAUAGUAUUAAAGAUGAAUAUUACAUAACGUACCAUGUACAUGAAGGAUGUAAAAGUAGAUUGGGUGUAAAAAGAAAUCUUUGUUACAUUUCCUGCAAUGAUGUUGCUAUAUUGAAAUGUUUGAAGUUUGUUUUUUUAAAAGAAAAGCAUCAUCAGUUAGAUUACAAAAAUUCAAAUCUUCCAGUACAAGGUAGGAUUGAAAAUAAAUUUUAAGUGGGAACAAAUCACUGUAUUUGGCUUUUACAUAUAGGCCAAUAGAAAUAAAUGAUUUAGUGUAGAUAUUAGAAAAAAAAUCAUUUUUUAGUAGAAAAAGAUAUUACAUUUUUUAGAUUUGUAAAGGCCAGUAAACUAUGAUUGAAACUAAAAUAAAGAAAGGGGGGGCUACUAUUGAAAUCAAUGGAUAAUACUGCAAAUGUAAUCAACUGUGUAUAGUCAUAUUGUAAAUGAAAGAUGCUAGCUGUCAUAAUUUUUAAUAAGCUAAAAUAAUGUAGUGAUUGAUAUAAUUUGUGACAUUGUGUGAGUUGAACCAAAUU